AUGCCAACCCAAGUACUAACCCAAAUACCAACUCAAAUACCCACACAAAUAAAUGAUUGUGGUGAUUUGCCUUAUUGGGAAAAAUUGGAGAUAUAUAAGGGUUGGUGUGGUACUUGGGGUAUGAUACGCGGGAAAAUAGGACUGUUGGGAGUAGUGCUGUUGGGCUUGCUUAGAAUGGUUCGGGGGUUGAGCUUGGUUUAUGCGGAGAAGACAGUUAGUAUAUACAACUUGAUUCUUACGAAUUGGGUAUACUUUGGAGUUAGUAUUUGCUUGGGGACUUUGGUGGCGAUGUUUACGGCGGCGGCUUUUCUCUCUUCGUGCUUUGGGAAGUCGAGUCGGAAAACGUGUGUGUUCUUGGGGUUUUGGAUGACGUGCUCUUCAAUGGUACUGAUUUUAUUGUUGCCGGUUUCGGCGCAUAAUCUAACGGGUGGCUUGUUUAAGUUGGGGUUGGUGGGUGUGGUUCCGGUGCUGGCUUCAAUUAACUUGUUGGCUCGACAGGCACGGUUGUUUAAGAGUCGGGGAAUGCUGCUAAGUAUGGCGAUUGGGGUGGGUCUAUUUGUAGGUUGCUGCCUGGUUGGAUUUCCUUUGAUUGCGGCUAUGCUGGCUGUUCUGCCUUUGUUGUACUUGGACUUGGACGAUAUGUUGCAUAAACCGGAUAGAAAUGGAUCAAUUGAACAUACUAAGUAUGCUAGACGUGUGCUGGUUUUUAUGGUGGUGACUUACUUGAUCUGUUGUAUGGUGAUCCUUGCUUUGCACUGGAUGGUUGAAAUGGCGGAAAUCCGGCGGAUGUUGGAAGAGGAGCACCAGCGGGAGUUAGAAAGACUGGCUGAGGAGGCACGUAAGAAAUUGGAAGGCCAGUUGCCGACUCGGCCUACGCCUACUAUUGAUGAGAUAAAUGAAAUUGAUGGGAGUCCGGUCUUUGGAAUAGGAUUCAAUCGUAUUUUUGAUAUGAUUAGACCUUACUUGCCUAAGUUUAAAUUGGGACCGCUGUAA